CAGCCCCUGUCUGAAAUUGCACACGUGUUAUUUUGUUGCAGACAUGGCAGAACCGAUUCAGCAGCUGACCAGAAAUAACAACCCCCAGGAGAGACAGACCAUCCCAUUCACCCUGAUCCAGCGCAAAGAAAAGCUUGGAGAUCUCCUUUACGAAAAACGUCAGUAUGGCAAAGCCAAGUGGGCUUGUAUAAAAAUGAAAGAAAAACAGUAUGAACAGAGCAUAUGCCUUGGAUUCAUGAAGCUUAUGAGGUACAUUUGUGAGCAGAAUUCCUCAGGGCUCUACUUGGGGAUAACAAUCCCCAUUGUGACCAUAGUCCAUACAAACGAGUCUCAGUCGGAGAUGACACGGUCGGUGACAGUAGCCUACUACCUGCCUGAUGUGCUGCAGGACGAGCCCCCUCAUCCUUUUGACUCCGACAUAAUCAUUGAAGAGUGGCCUUCUACUAUUGUUUAUAGCAGGAGCUUCAGAGGAAUCACCAAUGAAGACUCUAUAAUGAGAGAAAUAAACCUGUUGGCGGAAAUCCUGGAGAGUCCCGAGUUGUGUCUGCAGGAUACGUUCAUCAUCGCGGGAUACACGAACCCAGCUGCUGCCAACCGACACAAUGAGAUAUGGUUCCUGCAGAGACCAUAGCCCCCCUUCACUGGGAUCAUUCCGAUUUACUGGCAGAAUCUUACAGGUGAAUCACGUGAGACUAGAUGUCAAACCCUCAAAGAUUUUAGAAACGUGGCUUUUAGCCAGUUUAGCAAGGCAAUCACUCCAAUGGAAUAACCAGAGCUAACACUGGAAACAUACCAUUUCCUGUGUCAGCUUUUACAGUUUUUAUGGAGAUUUUUAGCACUUUAAAAGUUAGUUCACCUUUUUUUUUUACAAGAUAAGGGAGACAGAAGCCUCUCUCCUCAUCCACUUCUUAGCACCACUAGACUGCUUGUGGCUUGGGACAGUCCCAGGGGAGAUCCCGGAGCCCCCGUGCCGGCUGCUCUGGGCACCCAGUGGGACACCUUCACAGCCACCUCACACACGCAGGCUACACUUCACAAAAAGAACGUGCAGGUCUUAAUGUCUGAAGAGAACUACCAGGUUUAGACCACUGGGAUUAAAUCAGGGAGUAAGAGUCAGCCGGCGCUGACUGCUUUUCAUGUCAUCAGCUGUGGAGCAGAGAUUCUUAAUGUUUACCUCAAAAAGCAUCCAGCCAAAGUACUUUUAGCCUUGAGGAGAGACCAAGGCAGCAGAACAGUCCUAAUGCUCAUUAAAAUUCUGACAGCAAAGGUUCCAGGUUACCUGACACACUCACAGUAACCCCACGACCGUAUCUGGCAUUCCUAAAUAGAAGGUUAUUCUUAACUCUGCAGUUUUCUGAACACUUUCUUCUCACAACUGUGAAUGUUAAAACACUGCAGCUGAAGAGAGUACUUUGUUCGGUACUUUUUACACUCUUCUGGCAUUAAUUAUUAAUGUUAUAAAUGAUACAAAUAUUUCACAGAACCACAGGAAAAAUUUCAGCUAGAAGUGACCUCUGGCAGUCGCCUGGUCCAGGCAGCUCAGAGCCUCUCACCGUUGGAUUCUGAGCAUCUCCAGGGAUGAGGAGCCCGUAACCCCUCUGGGCCCUGUUCCGCUACCUGACCACCCUCACUGUGAGAAUUUUCCUUCCUCAUAGCUAACUUUCCAUCUUGCAGCUUUCUUCUUUUACCCUUCAUCUCUAUGGUCAUCCUUCAAGCAGCCAGUGCUAGUCCAGCACGCUGAGACUGAGCCCCAAGCUCCCUCAGAAGGGCUGAAGGCAGCGCUCCGCCGUUCCCUGCGGUUAAAGGACACCUCCUGCACUUUAGAGUCGGGGUAGCAAAUGGUUCUCCUCCCAGAAAUCCCUCCUUAAUGUCUCCCCUUACAGACAUGACGGUCGAGUUUAAUACUUAACAGAAGUAAAUGUCUUUUUACAUAAAACGUCAUGAAGUACCUCACUGGUAUUAUUUACUGAUCACAGGAUUUAGGCUUUAAAUAGAGCUUUUGUGUCAAGGCAGGAAACGGCAGCCAGAGCCAGGGUCUGCUGGCAUACAAGAUGUAGUCCCUCGGAACAGAGGUACAGGUCUCAAGAACUCCUGGUUCCACAAGGCUCUCUGCUGCCCAGAACUGACUAUGCCUAAUCUCAAACCUCUGGCUGAGCAGCAGGACCAGGGAGUGCUCCACUAACCGUCCUUGACCAGGACCAAGGUGGCCUCUGGUGGGCACUGCCCCCAGGGAUACCUCAGGGAAUGGUGAGGAGGAGGAGAAAAUGAAAAAGAAAAGGAAAAAAAAGAAAAAGAGACAGAAAAGCCUUCAUUUUAACACAAACAAACUGACAGUCUUUGUGGGGAGAUAAAAA